AUGCUGCACAGCUUGAUCUGCUGUAACGAGGCCAACUACGUGCUUCUGUCGCGGUAUUUCCAGCCGGAGCUGACGCUGGAAGCUCGGCGGACGUAUGAGGCCCAGCUCGCUCUAAUCUGCAAGCAAAUGCCCGAGCUCUGGGGCAACCGACAAGGCAAAAAAGACGCUGAUCCGGUGCCGAGCCAACUGCUCGUGUGCGAGUCGCAGUUCGUGGUCGCCCGCCACGUUGGAGAGCUGCGGCUGAUGCUCUCGGGCAACGAGGAGUACGACGAGCUCAUCUUGGACGAGAUCAUGGGCGUCCUGCAGGCAGUGCUGACGACCCAAUUGGACAAGAAACUCACAGAGGCCAGUCUGCUGGCGAACUACGCCAAGGUAGUCGUGGCGCUGGACGAGAUGGUGCAGCAAGGCCACUUGGAGAACGCGGACGAGGCCAGCAUCGACCAGAUGAUCAAGCUCAAGCCGUAUCCGUCCAAGUGA